AAAAAGGUGUCAAAGAAACUUGUCCCUCUCAAGUUUUUUUCACAACCUUCAUCUCAAUCCAGCAACACAUCUCUUUCUACUGCACGUGUAGUUGAGACUAAGUUUAAUAUGUUGUCUUCGUGGCAGAAGAAGUUCUCUGAGAAGAAGGGCUCAACGGAGAGUGAUCCAAAUGUCCCUCCCGCCUAUGGGACCGAAGAUGCUCCUCAGCCAGGUUCCAAAGGACCAGAGGAGGCCGUCAAUGAUGUUCGCAGCCCAGAUUUACCCGACGAUACAGCCCAGGAUGGUGUAGCACAAGCCGAAGCGAUCACGUUGACUUGGACAAAGUGGUCCUUGGGAUCCGCCUAUAUCCUUAUGUGGUGUUUAUACUUGGUGAAUGCCUUCCAAUCGUCUAUCACGGCGAACCUGUCAGCCUACGUUACCAGUGGAUUUGAAUCCCACUCCUUGAUUCCGCUCAUUGCUAUUGUUUCGAGUGUCAUGUCAGCCGCAACUUAUAUGCCACUGGCGAAAAUCCUGAACCUGUGGGACCGAUCGAUUGGAUUCUUGAUAAUGGUGAUCUUUUCCGUCAUUGGCCUGAUCUUGUCUGCAACGUGCACAAACAUUGCAACCUAUUGUGCAUCGCAGGUAUUCUACAGCAUCGGUUUUGCUGGGUUGAUUUUUAGCAUCGACGUCGUCACAGCCGAUACUUCAACACUUCGCGAUCGAGGUCUCGCUUACGCAUUCACCUCCUCUCCCUAUAUCAUUUCUGCCUAUGCUGGUCCUAAAGCGUCGGAGGGUUUUUACGCCACUAACUGGCGAUGGGCCUACGGCUGUUUUGCCAUUGUGCUACCCGUUGUUGCCGCUCCCAUGUUCUGUCUGCUUCGGUACAAUCGUCAUCUAGCGAAGAAAAAUGGCCUCCUGCAGAAGAGGCAAAGCAGCGACAGGACGAUCGUGCAGAGCAUCAUCCACUAUGCCAUCGAGUUCGAUCUGCUGGGAACGUUCCUUCUGGCGGCCGGUCUAGUCCUUUUCCUCCUCCCCUUCACCAUCGCCGGUUCCGCUGAAGAUGGUUGGAAGUCAGCCCACAUUAUCGUCAUGCUAGUUGUCGGUUUCUGCGUCCUGAUUGCUUUCGGCGUGGCAGAGCGCUGGUUCGCCCCAGUGCCCUUCCUCCCAUACCAACUCUUGCUGUCUAGGACCGUUCUAGGUGCCUGCCUGAUUGACGUUACCUACCAGGUCGCAUAUUAUUGCUGGAACGACUACUUCACCUCGUACCUCCAGGUGGUGUACGGCACCAGCCUGGCAACCUCCGGAUACAUUAACAGCAUCUUCGAUGUGGUUUCUGGCGUCUGGCUUUUCGGUGUCGGUAUGUUGAUCAAGCUCACCGGUCGUUUCCGCUGGUUGCUCUGGUGCGCCGUUCCCCUCUUCAUCCUGGGCUGUGGCCUGAUGAUCUACUUCCGUAACCCGAGCUGGUCGGUGGGGUAUGUGAUCAUGUGCCAGAUCUUCAUGGCCUUUGCCGGUGGCACCAUGAUCAUCUGUCAGCAAGUUGCGGUGCAGUCCGUCUCUGAUCAUAACAACGUUGCCUCUGCCCUCGCUUUCCUGAACUGCUUCGGCAACAUCGGAGGUGCCGUCGGAAGCAGUAUCUCCGGAGCCAUCUGGACGCACACCUUGCCCGGCGCACUGCGAAGCCUUCUUCCCGACUCCAUCAAGGGCGACUGGGAGACAAUCUACGAUGACCUUGAAGUGCAGCUCAGCUACGAAAAGGGCACACCCGAGCGCCAUGCUAUCGCUCUUGCCUACGCCAGCUCCCAGCAGAAGAUGUUGAUUGCUGGAACCUGCAUCAUGGCCCUUUCUCUCAUCUGGAUGUUCGUCAUUCGGGACAUCAAGCUUUCGAAGCAGCAGACCAAGGGUGUCCUGUUCUAGAGGCCGUCUUGUUAUCCGACUUGCAGAAAACGCCACUCAUUUUACACAAUUAUGCAACCGUGAUUCCUAUUGUAUUGUUGAAAAGAGAUUCUCAAUCGACCAGGUUGAUUAUAUUCAGUGGUAACAGAAGCGAAUGGAAAAUUCUUUCAAUCGCCUCCAAAUC